GGAAGGAGGAUGCAGUGGAGUGACUGGGAAACAGGAGAGCAGGGUUUGAAAUUGAGUUUCCAAAGGCAAGCAGUAGAGCUGAGUGAUGAGCAGAGGGUAAUGAGAAGGACCUGGUGCCAUGGAGACUGAGAUUUCCCAGUGUGGGAGGGAACCUGGCCUACCGCAACUGCAGCCAGCGAUUGUGAGGGUGAUACAGAACUCAGGGAGGGUUUGAGCUCUGGAUACCCGAGGGUGCGGACAGACACACACACACAAACCGGAGCGGGAGUGGGCUGGAGCGGAGAGCUCCGGAUUUAAGUUGACCUCGGCAGCAGUUGGCGAAUCCCGGAGACUAGGAACCUCGUGAAAACCCUGGGAAACCAGUGCAUUGGACAAGCGCCUACAUCUGAUAGCCAUCAACCCGGAGCCGCUGCAACGGGAAUCGAGCAGAUCCCAUUGGGAUCCCUGAAUCACAGAGACUGGAUCAUUCCCCCUGAUUACCCAGCGGCAAGUGAAGCCGGACACUGUCAGAUUCCCGGUUCCUCCCUGUUUAUUCAAGCGGAACCUGUCCAUGGAAUUCCAUCCAAACUCGGAGCGGUUCCCUGGGAAUGGAGACCGCGCUCUGGGAAAGCCUUCCUGCUCUCAGGAAGUUUGCAAUCCGGGCAAACUUUAAGGAGCAGCUCUCCGGUUACAGCGGGACCAUUCGGCCCGUCCGGCUCAUCCUAGGUUGAGCGGAAGGGCAGGGAAACCGAGAGAGGGCUCCCCCCGGGGCCGGCUGGGGUUAUAUUCCCGGGAAGGUGCGGGGUUGGGGUGAGGAUGUGAGGAUGCUCCAGGAGCUGCUGGAAGAACCGAGCUCCUCCCCUCCCCUCCCCUCACCGUCCCCGUGAGCAGGCGGUUCCUGAGCGGCGGAGGGAGGCGGGGACUCAGUGCAGCAGCAGCAGCAGCGGCGACGGCACUCUCUGUGUCUCUGUACACCAUGCUGCCCUGGAGAAAGAGCAAGCUGGUCCUGUUGGAUGAGGAAAACCAGGCGAAGGCGAAGAGUUUACCGGGCGGCGGUUUGAGCUACAGCUCGCUGCUGUCCUCCUUGGUGCGGGCAUGUCCUGGCAUUUGGCCUCAGUGCCCGCUGCCCAGGCUCGGUACCAUGUUCAGGAGCAGGCGGCAGAAGCUGCAGCUGACCCGGGACGCCCCGAGCUACACGGUCUGGUACCUGGGUAACGCAGUGACCUUCACCGCCCGGGGGGAAGGCUGCACCGAGCAGGCAGUGGCCAGAAUCUGGGCACGGUGUGAGCAGGGCACGGCGGGCACCAAGAUGAAGCUCACCAUUGGCCCCCACGGCAUCCGGAUGAGGCAGGCGGAAUACAAAUGCAAACAGAGCGGCCACUUGUACCUUCUGCACCGGAUCACGUACUGCGCGGCGGACGGGCAGCGGCGGCGGGUGUUAGCUUGGGUUUACCGGCACCAGGUGAAGCACAAGGCGGUGGUGCUGCGAUGCCAUGCGGUGCUGCUGUGUAAAGCCGCCCGGGCCCAGGAACUAGCGGCUCAGCUCCAGCAGCUCUCCCGCUCCGCCUUCGCCGACUUCAAGCGGCUCAAACGGCAGGACGAUGCCCGGCACCGGCAGCAGCAGCGGCUCGGCCAGGGCAUGGUGCCCCUGGUGCCCAUCAGGAAGCUCCUCAACAGCCAGUGCCCAUACCGACCUCCCCUGGAGCGGGCCCGGAGCGGCCUCAGGUUAAUGCCCAUCGCUGAGGAUGUGACCGGGGAGGAGCAGGAGGAGCGCGGGCUGGAGCCUGGCACUGACUCUGGGAUCACCAACGUGUGCCACCAACUCAGCUCCUGGCACAUCGACCCCUCCCUGCACCAGCCACCCCGCCUGUACCCUCUCCCCUUGGGCCAGGCACUAGGCACAGCCCGGGAGCGGGUGGACUGAGAGGGUGGGGAGGGGGGACAGAGGGAGAGGGAGAUGGAGAGGGGUCUGUCAGUCUCCUGCCCUCCCGGGGGGUAGGGGGAAACGGCCCUGGGCACUAUGGGACCCACCCCCUGCAACAACCCGCGGGUGGGAUAGCAGAGCAAGGGCUGAACUCCCCCAAACCCCCUCAGCCACAGCAGCGGAGUUGGGGGAAGGGAGGUGGUACCUGUUGAGAGCCGGGUAAAGGGAAGGGGCAGAUUGCAAUAAGCCGGGGGUGGGGGAGGGGGGAACCGGCCACCCACCCUCGUGGUAAGGAAUAUUCACCCACAUUGUCUCUCUCCACCCCCGUGGCCCAAACCGACAAAUAGACUAAUAUAUAAUCCACUUGGUGAAAGUGAGGACUGCAGAUGCUGGAGAUCAGAGUCUAGAUUAGAGUGGUGCUGGAAAAACACAGCAGGUCA